UAUAAAGGCUGGCCGGGUCCUGCUUCUCUGCUCAUCAGCCCCCCUGCAGACCUGCCGUCCCCCCAGAGCAUCACUGCAGCCCCAGCCUGACGAGUGAUAUGAAGCCUCUGACCCUCCUGCUGGGCUUCACAGCUCUCCUGCUCUCUCUCACAGAUGCCGCGUCUUUCGAUUCAGGGAUCAUCAAUGGAAAAAAGGCUAAGGUUAAUUCUCUGAGUUACAUGGCAUCUAUACAGAUGAAUGGAAAGCACAAAUGUGGAGGAUUUCUGAUCAGAAAUAACUUUGUGAUGACUGCAGCCCACUGUAACGUCAGUGGCAACAGCCUUAGUGUUGUUCUGGGGCCCCAUAACCUCAAUGACGUUCAGGAUUCUCAGAGGUUCUCUGUGGCGUCCUUCACCAGACACAACAAGUAUACCGGGAAACCUCUUCAAAACGACAUCAUGCUCCUUCAGCUUAAACCCCCAGUUAAACUGAACAAAAAGAUGAAACUGGCCACUCUCCCAAAAAAAGAGAAACAGCUAAAGAAUGGAACCAAAUGCAUCGUAGCAGGAUGGGGUGUGACCAAAACUGAGAAACCGACAACCGCCAACCUGCAGGUCGUUGAUGUGACUGUAGUGGACAAAGAAGAGUGCAAAAAGGUGUGGAAUAAAUUCAAAACCGAAAUAACGGCUGAGAUGAUCUGUGCUGGAGGCUAUAAAACAGACAAGGGCGCUUGUCAGGGGGAUUCGGGCGGUCCUUUGAUGUGCAAUGGAGUAGCAACAGGAAUCGUUUCGUUUAAUCGUGGUGGAAACUGCAACUAUCCAGAUGUUCCAAAUGUUUACACAAGCAUUUCCAGCUACCUGCCCUGGAUCAAGAAGAUUUUGAAAAAAGCAAACUGAAGCUAUGCCUCCAUUCUCUAGUGCGCACUUGAGCAUAACUUUUGGCCUGAGCGAGUUCAGCAACGCAAUAAAAUGCAUCUUUGAGUAAUUAGAUUGUUUUUUUUUAUUUCUAUAGUCGCUUCGAAUCAGCCAAGAAUGUGGUUUGCUUUUGUUUUGUAUGUAUUUUAAUAUGGAGUUUGUUAACUGUUAAUGUUCCUCUAUAAGAGAAGUUUUGUCAUUAUAUUCCAAAUCAAUAAA